AUGCGCCCGCCGGGCGAGGUUCUCGUCGUCCUGGGUGCGCAGUGGGGCGACGAAGGCAAAGGCAAGCUCAUCGACCUGCUCACGUCGCAGUACGACAUCCUGGCCCGCGCUGCGGGCGGUGCCAACGCCGGCCACACCAUUGUCGUCGACGGCGUCAAGUACGCGUUCCAUCUCCUUCCCUCGGGCCUGCUCAAUCCGCACUGCCUGGCCCUCAUCGGCAACGGCGUCGUCCUCCACGUCCCCAAGUUCCUCUCCGAGCUCGCCUCCCUCUCGGAGAAGGGCGUGCGCAACGUCGUCCCGCGCGUCAGGAUUUCGGACCGCGCGCAUCUGCUGUUUGACUACCACCAGAUUGUCGACGGAUUGCGCGAGGUCGAGAGGGGGCACGCCAAGAUCGGCACCACCGGCAAGGGCAUCGGCCCGUGUUACUCGUCCAAAGCGAACCGCACCAACAUGCGUGUCGGUGACUUGCGCCACUUUAGAGACUUUCCGGACGCUUUUCGCCGCUCGCUCGCGUCCAAGCACAAGCGCUUUCACAACUUUGAUUACGACGUUCGCGCGGAGAUUGCACGCUAUUACGAGUAUGCGCAGGUGCUGGAACCGAACAUCACCGACACCGUCGCGGAGCUCAACCAUGCCAUUUCGAACAAGGAGCAUGCUGUUUUGGUGGAAGGCGCCAAUGCAGCGUUGCUGGACAUCGAUUUUGGCACCUACCCCUUUGUUACCUCAAGUAAUUGCACAGCGGGCGGCGUGAUUACCGGUCUGGGCAUUCCGCCAACUGCCAUAGACAAGGUUGUCGGCGUCGUCAAGGCCUACACCACCCGCGUCGGCCAGGGGCCGUUUCCGACCGAGCUGCAUGAUAAAUCUGGCGUCACGCUCCAGGUCGAGGGACAUGAGUAUGGCACCACCACGGCCCGUCCGAGGCGUUGUGGAUGGCUGGAUACGUUCAUGCUCAACUAUACACAUUCUGUGAAUGGGUAUACCGAGGUUUGUCUUACAAAGUUGGAUGUGCUUUCGCAUUUUGAGACUAUUAAGAUUGGCGUCGGAUACAUUGUUCGUGGCAGGAAGAUGACCUACUAUCCGGCAUCUUUGAAGCUACUUGCCGAGGCAGAAGUUGAAUAUGUGGAGAUGCCAGGCUGGAAGGGGGUUGACAUCAUGGGUGUGAGAAAGUUUGAAGACUUACCCGAGAACGCACAAAAGUACGUGAUUCAGGUUGAAAAGCUCAUCAACGUGCCGAUCCGUUAUGUUGGCGUCGGUCCGGGUAGAGAUGCAAUCAUCUACCGCGACUGAUUCAAUCAUUGUACCACAUUAUUGUUCUUGGUGAGCCCCUGUGGGCUGGGUGUGAGCUAUUCUCUAGUUGUAUUUGUUGAAGCGCAACCAUUGAAAGACAAAAGGCGUGUUUGGUCUCAAGUUACAAGGCUGGAAGGACAGGCAAUAAAUAACUGUUUUGAGGCAAGAUAUAGAACCAUACCCAUUGCAUCAGAACCACAACUCGGAAAUGAUGCCAGGCAGUCUUCCUUUGAGCCGGGAAACCAGAGAUCUUGAAUGGGAAUCCUUUGGUAGGAGCUGCGGCGCAUCUUCGCACCUGCAGUAAGUGUCUUGCUUUAUGCGCUGUUCUUUGUUUUCGUUUUCAUUGCAUGUUUCGGUGUUGAAUCGGUCUUCACAUUUACAAAGACUCCUUUGCAGACCUGCCCUACAGGGUUAUUUCUCCUCUUCUAGGGCCUUCUAUCGAGCAACUUAGAUAUCAGGAGUUUUGCAGCCUCUGAUAUUCCAAUUUACUCGCCCUCCAGGGAGGCAAAAUGUGACUUUUGUACGCCGUUUCCGUGAGCAGUACCGCAUCCUCCUCUGGAAAGGGAGACGCAACCACUCCGAAUCCCUCACACUUCUACGUCGCAAGCCAAAAUAUCCUUCCCAUGUCGAGCAGUCACCAUGACCCCAAGGGCUGCGUAGGCUGGCGUUUGCCACUGGGGUUAGCUUAAAGCAGUCCAUCGCGCCUGAUAUCAGAACUGUUAUUGGAAACUUAAACAACAGACAAAUCCGUUCUC